AAACUUGUUAAUUAGCAAACUUGUCAAGGAAUUGGAAUGUAUCUAACAGUGGGAAUUCCAAAUUUCGAAUUUAAUUUAAAAAGAAAUUCGUAUAAUUUGAGGGUCUUGCAUCUUUCCAUGCAUAUAUAUGCCCUACCCCAAAGUUGAAAGAUCACAGAAAGUCCUUACUUGCAAGGUUUUUGUCUUUGCUUAUCUCCCCAUAUCUCCUUUUGCUUUAUUUCUUUCAGUUCUUUAGCUGAAAGUUAAGUAUGGAAACUGGGGAACACGAGUUAGAUGUUGAACGAAGAGAAAUCAGAAGCCUUGAAGAUUUGGAAAUACCAUUUCUUCAAUCAGAAUAUAGCAUUUCUGGAGAUCUGGGAAUAUCAUUUCUUCUAUCAGAAUAUAGUACUUCUGAUAGUAAAAAUAAUUAUGGGACUCCCAAUGAAGAGGAAACUACUGGUUCCAUUGGAAUGGUUCUGCUUAGCGUAUUUGUUGCAGUCUGUGGGUCUAUUGAAAUGGGUUGUUGUGUGGGCUAUUCAUCACCCACUCAAUCUGCAAUCAUGAAAGAUCUUAAUCUCAGCACAUCUCAGUACUCAGUGUUUGGCUCAAUAUUACCUAUUGGUGCAAUGUUUGGUGCUUUUACAAGUGGCCGGAUUGCAGACCACAUUGGCCGAAAAGGGGCAAUGAGAAUGUCAGCUGGUUUCUGCAUUGCAGGAUGGUUAGCUGUGUUCUUCUCUGAACAAAAUUUUUCACUUGACAUGGGAAGGUUUGUCACUGGUUAUGGCAUUGGAGUUUUCUCCUUUGUGGUUCCAGUAUUCAUAGCUGAGAUAUCCCCAAAGAAUCUUCGCGGAGGGCUUACAGCCUUAAAUCAGCUCUUGAAUAUUACUGGGGCAUCCACUGCAUUCUUAUUGGGAAGUGUUAUAUCAUGGAGAGCAUUAGCUCUAACUGGUCUUGUUCCUUGCAUUUUUCUGCUUAUUGGCCUGUUUUUUGUUCCGGAAUCUCCUAGAUGGCUGGCAAAAGUAGGCCGAGAUAAGGAAUUCAAAGUUGCACUACAGAAACUUCGUGGCAAAGAUGCUGAUAUUACACGUGAAGCGGAUGAAAUCAAAGAUUCUGUUGAAAUUCUUCAAGCCCUUCCUAAGACUAGAGUUCUUGAUUUAUUCCAAAGGCAAUACAUUUCGGCUGUAUUUAUUGCAGGGGGAAUAAUGAUGUUGCAGCAAUUUUCAGGAAUUAAUGGCAUUGCAUAUUAUACUAGGGAAACUUUUGUGGCAGCUGGACUUUCUUCUGCCACAAUUGGAACCACUGCUUAUGCUUGUGUUGAGGUUCCAGCAACAAUGGUGGGAGCACUGUUAAUGGACAAAUGUGGAAGAAAACCACUGAUAAUGUUUUCUGCAGUUGGAACAUUUCUGGGCUGCUCCAUUGCUGGAAUUUCUUUCCUUCUCAAGUCACACGGCUUGUUGCUCGAAUGGGUACCUGGUCUAGCUGUUGCAGGAUUGCUGAUAUUCAUAUCAGCAUAUGCAAUUGGAAUGGGACCAGUUCCAUGGGGGAUAAUGUCUGAGAUUUUCCCAAUAAAUAUGAAAGGAGUUGGAGGGAGCUUGGUGGUAUUGGUGAACUGGCUAGGUGCUUGGAUAGUUGCUUACACUUUUAACUUUCUCAUUAGCUGGAGUUUCUCAGGUACAUUCUUUUUGUACUCAGCAUUCUCAUUGAUGACUUUUCAAUUUGUGGCGAAGUUUGUGCCAGAAACCAAAGGAAAAACACUGGAAGAAAUUCAAGAAUAUAUUCAUAGAAAUGGAGAAAGAAUAUCCAGUGGAAAAUUAGAAAUUCUGGUGUGAAGAAGAAAGGUCCAAUAGAAGUCAAGAAAUAUAGUUUUAAUUUAAAUUAUUUUCUUAUGUAUUCUCAUAUAUUUAGUUUUAAUGGUUACUAGUGUAAUAAUUUAUUUAUAAUUAAGAAAUAUAAAGAGAUUCAAUUGCAAUG